AAAAAAAAAAAGAAAAACAGCAAGACAAACCUGACAGCCCAAGCACUUUUUAAAACCGGUUGUGUUUACAUGGUAUCGAAAAUCGAUAGCGGAAAUGGAAAACCGACAACCAGAAGCGGGUUUCCAGAAUCGAUUUCAAAAUGUUUUUCAUGACCACCCAGAAGCGGUUUUGGGAAAUCGGUUUACGAAAUCCGAUUUUUUUGGAGCCCUACAUAAAUGGGGGGUGACAGACUGUUCACGACAGACUGGGUGCGUGUCUGAUUGGAUAAAAUUGCGUUUGAUGGCGUCUCUUUCUUCUGCCAAUCACGAUCGCAGCGGAGUCUUCGCGUGAAGCAGCGAAGAUAUGUGGGUGGAUUGUUGUUGAGAUAUGAUGGCAGAUUCAAAUUUGUGUAUACUGUGUGGCAGAAAAUUUACAGCUAGAAAGAAUUUGUUUGCACACUAUAGAGGGGUACAUAAAUUACAGCCACAUACGAGGGCUACGAUUCGAUGUCCCAAGGAAGGCUGCAGGUUUUCCUGUAACUUUUUGGCUAAUUUGAGAAUACAUGUAGAGGAAGAGCACAAUACUCUGAUGGUGAAAGAAGUACUUCUGUUCGAAUCACCGGAAGAGUUUCAGGAGUGGAAGGCCAAAGAAGAGAAGGAAACCAAAAGCAGCUUUGUACAACACUGUGGUGCUAAGCGUACAAAAGGUGGCACUGAAAGGAUCACUUUUGUUUGUCACAGAAGUGGGAAGUUUCAGUCUUCAUCCACAGGCAAAAGGUUGCUGAAAUCACAAGGCAGUAUCAAGUUAGGAAGCCACUGUACUGCUGCUAUUGAGCUCCACAGAGAAGAAAGUGGCGAUUGUACUGUUGUUUAUUUCAAAACGCACUUUGGCCAUGAGCAGCAUAUAGGCUUACUGCAGCUUAGUAGAUCUGAUAGGGAAGCCAUUGCACGUCAAAUUGCUAAGGGCGUGCAUUUCGAAAAAAUUUUGGAUGAUGUGAAGAGCUCCAUCCAUUCCGGAGAACCGGAGAGGCUGCACCUUAUUACUCGCCGCGACCUCCACAACAUAAAGAGAGAUUUUGGCAUUGGUGGCACUCGGCAACAGGACAUUGAUGAAGUGAGUGGACAAAAUGAAAAACUGGACACAAAUUCUUCUCAGUUGAGGAGACUGGAGUAUAAAUUACAGCUUUUGAGACGCCGUAUCAGCUCAGGUAUGAUGUCCAGAGAAACAAAGUGUAAAGUGGAGAAAGAAGUCGAUCGUUUGCUUUCACUUACUCAAUCAGACUUCAGCAGGGAAGUUCCGCAUUCCCACAAUAGUAAAAAAUUGAAAGUGCUACGAAUACCUGAUAAGUCUAAUAUCAACAGCGAAGUUCCAUAUUCCCCCAGAAAUGAAAAGUUGAAAGUGUUGCAGACACCAGAUAAGCCCAACAUCCAUAGGAAAGUUCCACACUGCCGCAACAAAGAAAAGCUGGAAGUCCUACCAAUACCUAUCAAACCUAAGAUCUUUCCAAGGAGCAUUUUUGUGUUUCCGGCCCAUAAUGAGAAGCCAAAUAGUGUAAUUGUGAAGGGGCAACCAAAUAGUGAAGUUAAGACUGUGCAUGUUGGUUUUGAUCACACAUACUGUCAGAGCUAGUUUGUGUGUGUGUGUGUGUGUGUGUGUGUGUGUGUGUGUGUGUGUGUGUGUGUGUGUGUGUGUGUGUGUGUGUUUCGUAUAGUUUAUUGCCUACUGGAAACAUGCCAUUUAAAAAAAAUAGCGAUGUAUCUGGCUUGGUACAUCUGUGGUGAUAUGGAAACCCAAGUGGUGUUAACCCUCUAUUGCAUGACUUUUUUUUUAGGGAUCCAGUUUCAAUGAAAACCAUAUCUGGGGGUAGGGUAUGACACACAAAAUACUGUGUAACAGGUGAAACAUAGAAAUUUUGAUUUAUUCAAUAUUUCAUGAUAGUUGCCAUAUGGUAACACCAUGCUUAUGUCAACACACUUCCCCGAAGACUCUCAACACUGUUAUUUACAUAUAUGUGUAAAAUUACUUAG